CAGAAAAAUGUUAUAAAUGUAUACAUAGAGAUGCAAAAGAAACAGCCUUACAGUUGGGAUUAUUAAUAAAAGAUUUUCAAAAUCUUAAUGGCCAAAAGCAGACAGCGGCUGCAAGGCAGCAACAAAUUGAAAACAACAAUAAAAAUAUAGAUAUACUAUAUACAAAAACGUAAACAAAUUAGAGUAUAAACAAAAAACCGACAACUAUAAUAAUAAUUGAAAGACGCGAAUAAGCAGCAAUGUCCAAUGAUGUCGUACAUUUGGCUAGAGUUAGUAAAAUACAACGGAGUACAGAUGCAGCUAAAGGCACCAUAGUAGCUAAUACUAGUGGCAGACGUUGUAUAUCUAGAUUGAAUAAAGUAGAAUUACCGGAUGAUGUAAAGGCAUCGCAAGAAGAAUGUGAAUAUCUUUUUGGAAGCAUUAGUCCCAGGGGCGGUAUGGCUCAGCUAACAAGCGAUAUAGAAUCGCCAGAUCAUACGCAACGUGACACCACCGAAAGCGAUAAUAAUAUUAGUUCCUGUUCUACACUGGACAUUGUUAAUAAGAUUGACAAUUUAUCAUUGCAACAGUUAGAAACGAAAGUGCGUGAGCUGUCGCAGCGGCUGCAACAGGCCGAAGAACAAAGAUCGGCCGUACAACGUCAAUUGGAGGAAUGUAAUGCGGAAAAGGAAUUAUGUUUGAGACGUUUAGAAAUUGUAAGCGCUGCCCAUGAAUGCCGAAUCACCGAAAUGCAUUGUGUAAUAGCAGAGCUAAGUAAAAAAUUGCGUAUUAAACAAGAGAAUAUCAUAAUGGAAGAACAAGAACCGGAAGGCAGUGAGAUUAGUUAUCAGGAAGGCUCUGUUUACAAUUCAGAAAUAAAUCUUACAAAUCCUGACGCUGAAUGUCAAACCGACCCUUUAGAAGAAACUGAUUAUUCACAUGCGGAAAUGGACAACAAUUUCGUUCAGGAGACUACUGAAGAGCUGAAGUUGAAUGAAAACGCGAAUAAAGGACAGGUGGAAGCUCUCCAAGAGGAAAUUUUGCAUUUAAAGGCGCAAAUUGCUUUGUUGCAAUCGGAGAUAGCCAAUGCCAAUACAACUGGUGUUAGUAAUGCUGUUGAGGAACCGCAAAAUAUCCAACAUUAUAGAGCAGAAGUAGAAGCCACGCAGAGUCUAGAAUCUAUUGAACCCACAACAAUGCAUUUAUUAUCAACGCAAGCUUACAAAGGUGGUGGAGAGGACGAAGAAGAGCUUUAUGAUGAUUUUAAUGACUUUAAUAACACAUCAACUUUGACUGCUGAAGAUACUUACGUAACUAGUCCGCACAAAAAGCCGGCCGUACCAAAGAUGGCUGAACGCAUCCGUUUGAAAUGUGCUAGUAAAUCGGAAGCCGAAAACAUCACGGCCUUGGAUUUAAGGAACACUGAAUUGAAAAAUGCUAAUAUUGUCGAGCAUUUGGUAUCCGAUUUGAAGCUGAACAGUCAUAGUUUAAUGGAGGCAUUUGCGGAGCCGUCGCAACUCAACCAUGAACUUCAACGUUUGCAACGCAAAACCGAGCACUUAAAGGUGCAAAAUACCGUGUUAUCUUUAACUUUGGACGAGUCCAAAGAACAUUGCGAACAUUUAUAUUUGCUUUGCGGUAAAUACGAAUCGAAUGCUAUCGCUUUACAGGCCGCUUUAAAUUGCAGUGAUCGGGCGAUUGAAGCCUAUGAUGUUAUGUUGGCAUUAUUGGAGAGCAAAUUGGCUUUGAUGAAAGAAAAAUCCUUAGCCUCCGAAGAAAGUCGCAAAGCUGUGGAGGCAGUAGCUCGUCAUUUACUUGACCGUUUGGAAAGCGAAAAGAAUAUGUGCGAAAAUAGCUUGGGCCCGUGGCAAAAUAGUUUUAGUAUACCGGAUAAGCCUAACUCUAUGCCAUGGACAACCGAGGAUGAUAAUCGCCUGCGUUACCACGUUUCAAAAUUAAAAGGACGGCGUGCCACCGUUCAAAAUACAAUUGUUCAGUUGGAAUCGCCGUUUAGUGACGCCUACGAAAAGUCUCGAGUGGCAUUGGAAAAUAAAAAAGAACUCAGUGGUCACAAAGAGAAAGUGACGACCCAGUUAGAUUUAGAAAUGGCGGUUUUAAUGCAAGAAUUAUUGAAUCUACGGGAAGAGAGUAUAGCGUUGAAAAUGAAAGCUGAGCAGGCUGAUCGAGAAAAGCAAUACGCUAAUGAUCGUAUUGGUGUGUUACAUGAAGCCCUUAAGCAAUUGCAGUUACAAUUGCAAUUAAAUAACGAAUCGACAGAGCUGUUUCAUCGUCAACAGCAGCAACAUCAUCCCCAACUGGAUCAACGUAACUCCACAUAUUCCGAAGCAGAGCAUACUGCACUAACCGAACAACAAUUAGUGGAGGCUUUGUCACGCGAAUCAGAGUUAAAGGGACGAAUACAGAGUUUAAUCGCUUCGGUAACAGAAACGCAGAAGAUCUCCGAUGAAAAAUAUGAACAUUUGCAUAACAAUGUCCGCGAACUACAAAAAGCGAAUCAAAAUCUCACCCAAAUUAUUGAGCAAAACAAACGUAAAUACCAAGUGCGUAUAAGAAAAUUGGAACACAAAAUUAUGAAUAUGUCUUUGGAGUUGGGUCGGCAAGCGGCUUACCAUCAGCAGCAAACAGAUCCGACGUCAUCUGUAGAUACUGCUGUGAUCUUUGAGAAAUAUCAUAAAUAUAAGCAGCACAACACCACCUCUUCUUUGCUAUCACCAACUCAUGUAAAACAUGAUAGUGUUCCUGAAACAACAUUGUAGUGAGAGCAAAGCGCUAACGCAAACCUUACUUACUAGCUGCUAUAAUCUAUUUUAAUCAGUCUUAGCAUAUCUUCUUUGUAGUGUCUUUUCCUGCCAAUUUACUUUCCACUCACUUUCUAGUGUUAAAAGCCUUUUCAUUCAGUUGAAUGUAGAAUUUAAUUAUUUAGGCCUUUUUGUUCGUACUAAUUAUAGUAAUAGUUAAAUUAUAUAUUUUUGCCAAUUGCCUCAAUUAAAACAAAAAAAAAAAAAAACAAAAGAAAGCUAAAAGGACAGUAACACGUAAAUGUGCCAUUAAUUGAAAGCAGAGAUUUUCAACCUACAUAGUACUACACCCAUCGUGAGUAUACACAAAACUCGAUAAAUUUUUUUUAAGUAAAAAGUUUAUUAAUUCCAUUUUUUCUAUUUUUUUUUUCAAAUCAAACCAAGGAGGAUCAGGACAAUAUCCAAAAUCCUUUCCCGUUAAUCUUGUACUUCCACCGUUCCUCAACUAGUUUCCAUAUAAUUUUACUUUCUUUUUUUCUUUAUCCCUAGUUAAACC